CAAAUGUGCACUUGGCAAGUGGUUUGAUUACCUGAACCACAAGGGGGAGGAGCAAGAAAAUUCACAACAGGACCCUCCUUCAAUUAUUUAAAGGCAAGACAAUCCCUACAUAAUUCUCUCGGUGGGUCUCACUCCUGUGUUUGUAGUUCCCACGAUUAAAUUAAUAUUGACUAGGGAGAAAUGUUACUAUGGCGCAACGGGCAUUUUCCACCCUCUUCCAGAAAGCUUCUCUAAUCUUCGCGCGGAGGAACUACCACGAAGUCUUGGAGAACGAGACAGAUGCAGAGCUCCAGGAACUAAAAGUUAGCAGCAAAAAAGAAUCAAUCCGUCCAGUGUCUUCCAAGGAAGCCAGCAUACGCCAUUUUGAUGACUUAAUAAGGAACCUUGAGGCUGAUUUGGAGAAUGGUCUCACAGAGGUUCAGGUGCUCGAGCGACGGCAUAAGUUUGGAUGGAAUGAUUUUGAAGUGGACAAACCUGAACCAAUUUGGAAGAAGUACCUUGGCCAGUUCAAGGAUCCCCUUAUUCUGUUGCUCUUGGCAUCAGCUGUUAUUAGCCUCAUCAUGAAAGAGAUUGAAGAUGCAGUGAGCAUAACAGUGGCUAUAGUAAUCGUGGUUACAGUUGCCUUUGUGCAGGAGUACCAUUCUGAAAAAUCUGUACAAGAGCUUGGUAAAUUAAUUCCUCCAGAAUGUAACUGCAUCCGUGAAGGCAAAGUGGAACACAUACCAGCAAGGGAACUUGUGCUGGGUGACACAGUGUGCAUCUCCAUUGGUGAUCGAGUCCCCGCAGAUAUGAGACUGAUGGAGGCUAUUGAUUUACUGAUUGAUGAGUCAAGUUACACAGGAGAGUCAGAAGCUAAUAAUAAAAGUACCACAGCCUUGCCCGAAUCUGGUGAUUCAACUUCUCCUCAAAAUAUUGCAUUCAUGGGAACCCUAGUACAAUAUGGAAAAGGAAAGGGCAUUGUGAUUGCAACUGGUGAAAAUUCUGAGUUUGGAGAAGUUUUCAAAAUGAUGCGAACUGAGGAGUCACCAAAAACCCCUUUACAAAGAAGCAUGGAUAAGCUAGGGAAGCAAUUAUCACUGUUCUCAUUUAUAAUAAUCGGUUUAAUGAUGCUGAUUGGUUGGUUACAAGGAAAGCAUCUCCUUGGCAUGUUCACUAUAGGAGUUAGCCUGGCGGUUGCAGCUAUUCCAGAAGGCCUCCCAAUUGUUGUCACGGUAACAUUAGCACUAGGUGUGAUCAGAAUGUCAAAAAAAAAAGUCAUAAUAAAGAAACUUCCCGUGGUAGAGACGCUGGGUUGUUGUAAUGUCAUUUGUUCCGAUAAGACGGGCACCCUUACAGCUAAUCAGAUGACUGCAACGCGGUUACUUACGUCAGAUGGCAUACAGGCAGAGGUAACAGGUACAGGAUAUAAUGGAAAGGGGAAUGUGCAUUUAUUACCUACUGGAGAAGUCGUAAAGGCAUUUUCCAAUGUGUCUAUAGGAAAACUGGUUGAAGCUGGAUGUUUAUGCAACAAUGCUGCAAUUACCAAAGAUUCCUUGAUAGGACAACCAACAGAAGGAGCUGUAAUUGCACUUGCAAUGAAGAUGGACCUUGAUCAGGCUGGGCAGAGUUAUACAAGGAAGAAGGAAUAUCCAUUUAGUUCAGAAAAGAAAUGGAUGGCUGUUAAAUGUGUCCACAGAAAUCAGGAAAAUGAAGAAUUGUUCUUCAUGAAAGGUGCAUAUGAGGCAGUUAUUCAGUAUUGUACCAAUUACAACCUUGGUGGCACGUCAAUACCACUCACACCACAACAGUGUGCUAUAUACCUUCAACAACAAGCAAAGCUGGGAGCCGAGGGCCUUCGUGUGCUUACACUAGCCUCUGGGCAUGAAUUAGGUGAACUUACCUUCUUGGGAUUUAUUGGCAUUAUUGACCCACCAAGAACUGGAGUCAAAGCAGCAGUUCAAAUGCUUCAAAGUUCAGGAGUUGCUGUUAAGAUGGUCACCGGAGACUCCAUGGCAACAGCCAUCUCUAUAGGGAAAAGUGUAGGACUUUACAAUGACGAUAUGGAGGUUAUGUCUGGGGAGCAGUUGGAUCAAACAAGUGAUGAGGAUCUUUCCCAUUUGGUCAUGAAGGUCGCUAUAUUCUUCCGAACAAGUCCAAAACACAAGCAGAAUAUUGUAAAGGCUCUCCAGAGCAAUAAUGCAGUGGUGGGGAUGACAGGAGAUGGUGUGAACGAUGCUGUUGCUCUCAAGUCUGCAGAUAUUGGAAUUGCCAUGAGAGGAACAGGAAGUGAUGUCAGUAAGGAAGCAGCAGGCAUGAUUCUAGUGGACGAUGACUUCACAUCUAUUUUGUCAGCAGUGGAGGAAGGCAAAGGAAUAUUCUACAACAUUAAAAACUUUGUGAUGUUCCAACUGAGUACGAGUAUUUCAGCAUUGGGUUUGAUUGCUUUAUCGACUAUAUUCAACUUGCCAAAUCCACUAAAUGCAAUGCAGAUUCUGUGGAUCAACAUCAUUAUGGAUGGUCCUCCAGCUCAAAGCUUGGGUGUUGAACCAGUUGAUAAGAAUGCAAUUAAACAGCCUCCAAGAAAUAUGAAUGACUCUAUUCUGAAUAAGAGCCUAAUUAUGAAAAUAUUAUUCUCAUCAGUUAUAAUGAUGAGUGGUACGCUUUUUGUUUAUUGGAAAGAGCUUCCAGAAGGGAAGAUUUCCUCAAGGACCACAACCAUGACAUUCACCUGUUUUGUCUUCUUCGAUAUGUUCAAUGCUCUAAGUUGCCGCUCACAGACAAAAUCAAUAUGUGAAAUAGGCCUAUUCCGUAACCACGUAUUUGCUUACACGGUGCUUGGCUCACUUCUUGGGCAAAUGGCUGUCAUCUAUUUCCCGCCUCUACAAAGAGUCUUCCAAACGGAGAACCUUGGGCCACUUGAUCUGCUAUUCUUGAUUGGCUUGGCCUCUUUCGUGUUCUUUGCUUUGGAGCUAUUGAAGCUAAUUGAAAGGAUAUGGCUGGCAGCUGCUGAAAAGAAAACUAGUCCAAAUUGAUAAGUCAUCCAUAUAAAUUGGAAUGAUAAUAGACAAUAGGUGCAGGAAUAGGCCAUUUGGCCCUUCAAGCCAGCACUGCCAUUCACUGUGAUCAUGCUGAUCAUCCACAAUCAGUACCCCGUUCCUGCCUUCCCCCAUAUCCAUUGACUCCGCUAUCAUUAAGAGCUCUAUCUAACUCUUUCUUGAAAGCAUCCAGAGAACUGGCCUCCACUGCCUUCUGAGGCAGAGCAUUCCACAGAUCCACAACUCUCUGGGUGAAAAAGUUUUUCCUCAACUCAGUUCUAAAUGGCCUACCCCUUAUUCUCAAAUUGUGGCCUCUGGUCUGGACUCCCCCAACAUUGGGAACAUGUUUCCUGCCUCUAGCGUGUCCAAUCCCUUAAUAAUCUUAUAUGUUUCAAUCAGAUCCCCCUCUCAUCCUUCUAAAUUCCAGUGUAUACAAGCCCAGUCGCUCCAAUCUUUCAACAUAUGACAGUCCCGCCAUCCCGGGAAUUAACCUCGUGAACCUACUAAAUAUAUGUUACAGGAACGUACACCUCCAUUUUAUGAAACUUAAAGGUUUGUGAAAUGUAAUGCUGAUUGACAUGAAGACUUAUUCUACUGAAUCAGUGAAAUUACACUCAAGGGGACUGCCUUUGUUUCCAGGAGGUACUAACGAUGUUACAUAACCUAAAUUGGAUUAGGGAAUGUUGUUAUUUGCAAAUCUUCAUCACAAAAUGGCAAGGAAAGUGAGUGAGACUUGGAAAGGGGCCAUGCAGAAUGCUACAUAUCAGCCAAUCACACACUGGAUAUUUACAAUACUGAAGGUGUAAAAUUUGACUCCAGUCCUUGCAUUUUUAAGAAUGAACAUUGCCAAACUGGUUCUAAAACUUUACCCAAGCACUUUUAUCAAACAAGCACACUGGAAAAUAUUUGAGGGAUUAAGUAAAAAGCAGAAGAAUCAAUUGUUAGAUCAAUUGUUUUGGCUAAUCAACAUGCAAUAAUGGUUUGAUACCCAGCAUUGCUGUACUUUGAACCUCAACACCACCGUUACCUCAGACACACGAUCAGUAAUUGAACACACAGCCGGUGCAAUUUAAAAAUUAUCAUCAAGAUCACUUGGACCAGCUGGAAAAAUGGGCUGAAAAAUAGCAGAUGGCAUUUAAUACAGACAAGUGUGAAGUAUUGCACUUUGGAAGGACAAACCAAGGUAGAACAUACAGGGUAAAUGGCAAGGCACUGAGGAGUGCAGUAGAACAGAGGGAUUUAGGAAUACAGAUACAAAAUUCCCUAAAAGUGGCGUCACAGGUAGGUAGGGUCGUAAAGAGAGCUUUUGGUUCAUUGGCCUUUAUUAAUCAAAGUAUUGAGUAUAAGAGCUGGAAUGUUAUGAUGAGGUUGUAUAAGGCAUUGGUGAGGCCGAAUCUCAAGUAUUGUGUUCAGUUUUGGUCACCAAAUUACAGGAAGGAUAUUAAUAAAGUUGAAAGAGUGCAGAGAAGGUUUACAAGGAUGUUGCCGGGACUUGAGACGUAGAAGAAUGAGGAGAGAUUUGAUAGAGGUAUAUAGAAUUAUGAUGGGUAUAGAUAGAAUGAAUGCAAGCAGGCUUUUUCUACUGAGGCAAAGGGAGAAAAAAACCAGAGGACAUGGGUUAAGGGCGAGGGGGAAAAGUUUAAAGGGAACAUUAGGGGAGGCUUCUUGGACAGAUACAUGGAUGGGAGGUGUACGGAGGGAUAUGGUCCGUGUGCAGGUCAGUGGGACAAGGCAGAAAAUGGUUCGGCACAGCCAAGAAGGGCCAAAAGGCCUGUUUCUGUGCUGUAUUUUUUCUAUGGUUUCUAAGUAUUUUCAGUUUAUUUGUUGAUACAUGUCCACAGGCUGUUACUAUAAUUCUCACAAGUGUUUUUUUUUAAUGUUUGUAAAGAGUGCAUUUAAGUUAAUACAUUCUAAAUGGAAUGUUGUGACAAUUGCUGGAGGAAUACAUCCCAGUUUCUCAAUUUCUUCCCAGAGUUGUGGAUUUAUAGGCAUUCUUACAGUGCAUGGCAAUUUGGAAAAGUGAGAGAUCACUGCAGAGUUGAAUGAGGUUACUGGGGGUGGAGGGGUAGAGAUGAUAAAGGAAUUCAAAGAUUUAUGGUGGCUGGGAGAUGUGGUGGAAACAGAUAAAAUAGUGACUUUUAAGAAGUGUUAGAUUGCCAUGAAUAUGCAGCGAAUGGAGAGAUAUGGUCCAUGUACAAGCAGAAGAGAAUUAGAUUAAUUUAGUGUCUUGUUCAGUGCAGACAUUAUGGGUCAGUAGGCCUGUUCCAUUACUGUACUUUUUUUUAAAAUGCAAGUCCAAUUCUCCAUUCAGCAGCAAUUUCACAACAUGCCCUUUUGAUGCUAUCAACAAAAAUGUUUGAAAACAAAAUUUAUGAAUCAAGAAAUCUCAUCUGAAGGGUGAUUGAUAAGUUCAUGGCCUAAGGUAGAAGGAGUCAAUUUUAGAAAGCCUA